AUGCGCAGAUUCCUACUUCUAGCACUCACCGCAGCCAGCGCGCAUGGCAAGAAAGCGGUGAUAGGCUUCGACAUCGGCACCGAGAGCGUGCGAGCUGGUUUAUUCGACGCCCAGUCGGGGGAACUCCUCGCCACGAAGUCACACCCGCACGAGACGCGGUUCCCGCAGCCCGGCUACGCCGAGCAGUCUCCCUCAGAUUGGUGGGCCGGCAUGGGCGAGGCCUGUCGAGCAGUCGUGCAGGAGUGCGCCGAUGUUGAUGUGGUAGCGAUCUGCCUCGCGGCGACGUCGUGCACGGUCGUGGCUUGUGGUGAAGACGGCGCGCCGCUGCGCGACUGUCUCCUGUGGAUGGACCAGCGGGCGGCCGCGGAGAGCGACGAGAUUUUACGGCUCGGCGACGGCGACGCCGCGCUCAACGUCAACGCGCAGGGCAAAGGGCCCAUCUCCGCGGAGUGGAUGCUUCCGAAAGCCUUGUGGCUCAAGAAGCACGAACCUGAAAUCUAUGCCGCCGCCAACGUAAUCUGCGAGUGCCAGGACUGGCUCAACCACAAGUGCACCGACACAUGGGUCGCGGGCGGCUGCAACGUGGCGACGCGCUGGCACUGCGACGGCAAGGCGGCGUGCGAGGAAGUCGAGAACGGCCGGUUCGGCGGCCGGCCGUCGGAAUUACUACGUAGGUGCGGUCUCGAGGCCCUGGAGGAGAAGUGGCCGCGGACGUGCGUCGCGAUGGGCCAGCCGGCGGGCGCGCUCACGGCCGCCGCCGCGGCACACCUAGGGCUGAAAGAAAACACACCGGUCUCGCAGGGCGGCGCCGACGCCUUCGUGGGACUCGUGGGCCUGGGCACCGCGACGCGCGGCGGCGUCGGCGUCAUCACCGGGUCUUCAAGUCUACACCUGGCCGUGGCGCCCGCGCCGCCGAAGGGCCCGCCGCGGGGCGCGCCCGGCGUCUGGGGCCCCUACCGCGGCGCGCCGCUGGCGGACCUGGCCAUGUCCGAGGGCGGCCAGUCGACGACUGGUGCAGCUUUACAGUGGGCGCGGCGCAUCUUCGGGGACGCGUCCUUCGACGACCUCGAGGCCGAAGCUUCAAAACUGCCGGUCGGCGCCGAAGGUUGUGCUGCAUUGGAGACGUUCCAGGGCGCGCGGACGCCCGAGACGGACCCCAAGGCGCGCGGGGCGCUCUACGGUUUGACGCUCAAGCACGGCCGCGGCCACGUCUGGCGGGCGCUGCUCGAGGCAACGGCGCUUGGUACUCGCGCGAGCGUCGACGCACUUACGCAAAAUGGGCCAAAGGAAGAUCUUGCGCUGUCCGGCGGCGCGACGCGGUCCAAGCUCUGGCUCCAGAUGCACGCCGACGCCUGCGGCCGCGACGUUGUUGUCUGUGUGGCAGUCAAAUUUCAGGCCGUUAUCCCGUCACUGAAGGUCCCUGAACACAGGUUAUAAUCGGCGAGUCGGCCGAGGCGCCUUUAUUAGGUUGCGCCGUGCUCGCGAGCGCGCUCGCGGGCGUCCACCCUACUAUAAGCGAGGCGGUCGAGGCCAUGGUCCGGCCGGCGCGGCGCAUCAAGCCCGACGCCGAUGCGGCAAAGGCCUUCGAUGCCUUGUACGACCGCGUCUACCGCCACGGCUUCUCGGCGCUCAAGCCGCUGUCGCACCGAACCUCGACUGAGGCAACCGCUGCAUCCGACGAUCGAAGAGGCGUCGUCGCCGCGUCACUCCUCGCGGCCGACGCCGGGCAUUUAGGAGAUGCGGCCGACGCCGUGCUACACGCCGGCGCCGACUGGCUCCACGUGGAUAUUUUCGACGGUUCGAAGGCGUCGAACGGCGCCCUGUCGUCGAUGGGGCCCCAGACCGUGAAGGCGUUGCGGCGGCGGCUUCCAGACGCCUAUUUAGACGUACAUGUUGGCUGCCGCGACCCUUCGGCUGUUGUCGAGACGCUCCUCGCGGACGGCUGUUCCAGCGGGCUCACGUUCCAGUUCGAGUCCUGCGCGAGUCUGGAUGCGGCCAAGGCGCUCGCCGGCGAGAUAAGGCAGGGCGGGUGUGAUGUUGGUAUCUGCCUGGCGCCGGAGACGCCAAUCUCCGCCAUAACGUCACUCCUGGACGCGGGGCUCGUGGACAUGGUCGACGUGUUGGCCGUCGCACCGGGCCGCGGCGGCCAGUCGUUUGAUGGUGCCGCGGCCCUGCCGAAGCUGCGCGCGCUCCGCGAGAAGUACCCGGGCCUGCGGCUCCAGGUCGACGGCGGCAUCGAUGCGACGACCGCGCCGGAUGCCGUGGAGGCUGGCGCGGACGUCCUGGUCGCGGGGUCGUAUAUCUUCCGGGCGGGAGACGCUGCCGAGGCCGUAGCAGCUCUGCGCGAGGCGUUUCCUUCCGAGACGUCGCCGCGGGAAAAACGGUGGCCUUGGCAGAGAUAAAUUAGAA